AUGGCGACGCGCAAGCUGCGGGUGGGCGUGGUGGGCGCGGGCGAGGUGACGCAGGUGGUGCAUCUACCCACGCUCCAGCUGCUGCACGACCACUACACCGUCACAGCGAUCUGCGAUGUGUCUCGUGCGGCGGCCGAACACGCUGCUGCCAAAUGGUCGAUUCCGAACUUUGGCACCUCGAGCGCCGAGAUGGUGCGGCGCGACGAUGUCGACGUGGUGCUCAUCGCCAAUAGCGACGAGUACCACACGCAGUGUGCAUGCGAGGCCGCCGAUGCGGGCAAGCACGUGCUGGUCGAAAAGCCCAUGGCACUCACGCGCUCCGACGCCGCUGCCAUCCAGCAAGCUGCCGAGCGCAACGGCGUCAAGGUGUUUGUCGGCUACAUGCGUCGAUAUGCUCCGGCGUUCCAGCUGUUCCAGAAGCUGCUCGCCGAGUCGGGGCCCAUUCGACACGCCAUCGUCAAGGACAUUAUCGGUCCCAACAGCUUCUUUGUCGCACAGUCCGGGACGCAGCCGCGCACCUUUGGUGGUGAUAUCCCCCAGAGUCUCGGCGCAGACAAGGCCAGCCGUGCCCAGGCGAUCCUCGAGCAGGCCAUCGGCAAGGACAAGGCGUCGGACGCACGACUCGGCGCCGUGUACCGCUUGCUUGGUUCCUUGGGAAGCCAUGACCUGAGCUUCAUGCGCGAGGCGCUCGGCGGCAAACCAGACCGCUGCCUGUCUUCAUUCGCCAGCCACGACGGCCAGUUUAUCUCGGCAUCGUUCGAGUACACCAACGCUGGCGGACGCAAGGGCGCCGACAAAUACAACGUCUUUUACACCACCGGCAUCCACAACGUCGGCGUCUUCGAGUCGUUCCUCGAAGUGUUCACGGACGACCGUGUGCUGCGCAUCGAUAUCGACACACCCUACGUCAAGGGUCUCCCUAUCAAUGUGACCGUCAAGGAGAACGACGCGCAGGGACACUACUCGGAAAGAAUCGUUCGCCCAACGUACCAAGAUGCAUACACCACCCAGUUCCUCGAGCUACACCAAGCGCUCACGGGAGGUAGCGACCUCAAGACCACACCGCAAGACGCUGCCGACGAUCUGGACGUGUUUGAGAUGAUCAUGGCCCAGCUCGACCGCUGA